AUGAGGCAUCUAUUAUUAAUAUCAUGGCUAAUUGCAUUGGCAUCUUCCGCCAUUUUAGGUGUAGAUUAUGGCCAACAAUAUUCCAAAGCAGUCUUGUUGGCCCCAGGUAUUCCCUUUGAAAUCGUUCUAACUGAUGAAGGAAAACGGAAAGACUUAUCUGGUUUAUGUAUAAGGCAACAGGGACACCAAUUGGAAAGAACCUAUGGAUCACAAAUGGGUUCUCUUAUUACCAGAUUCCCACAAUCUUGUGUAUUGGAUUUGAAAGCAUUGAUUGGUAAGAAAAUUGAUGAUCCAAGUGUAUCCCAAUAUUCAAAGAUUCAUCCUGGGAUUAAAUUGGUUGGAGAUGAAAAUAGAGGAAAUUCUAUUAAGUUUGAUUUAGGAUUAUCUAAUUCGACUUUUCAAUUUUCUGUUGAAGAAUUAUUGGCAAUGACUUUAAGUGAAUUUAAACAAAGGGCAUUGAAUGAAUUAGAAAAUAGUAAGAAUGCAGCUCCAUUGGUUGAUGAUGUCAUAAUUGCAAUCCCACCAUUUUCUUCCCAAGCUACCAGACAAGCAUAUUUGGAUGCUUUGAAAUUGGCCGGGUUUUCGAAUGUGUUGGGAUUGGUUGAGGAAGGAACUUCAGUAGCACUUAAUUUUGCAAGUAAUAAGAAAUUCGAAAAGGAUGAAUUUAAUGGCAAGAAACAAUAUCAUUUAGUAUUGGAUGUUGGGGCAGGAUAUACUACUGCUACUUUAUUUUCAAUAAUUCCAAAUAUUCAAAAACAAUUAAUUGUGGAAAUGGAAAGUGUUGGAUCUGAUUCUAUGUUUGGUGGAAGUUUAUUAACUGAUUCGGUUUAUUCUAUUAUUUCUCAAAAGUUCUUGGAUCAGUUUAAUUUAAAGAAUAAGGAUAUAACUCCAAAAUUAUCUGCUAGAUUAUAUGAUAUUGCUGAAAAGGCUAAGAUUGUUCUUUCAGCAAAUAAUGAAUACAGCACCACUAUUGAAUCUAUCUAUGACGAAAAGGAUUUCCGAUUUGCUAUCACCAGACAAGAAUUUGAAGAUCAUAAUGCAGAUUUAAUUGCCCAUGUCAAUCAACCUAUUAUUGAAGCUUUGAAAGCCAAAGAUUUGUCUGUUGAGAAUUUGACUUCAGUUAUUUUGAAUGGUGGAUCAAGUAGAGUACCAUUCGUGCAAAAACAUGUUUCGUUAUUUGUUGGUGAAGAAAAAAUUUCCAAGAGUGUCAACACUGAUGAAAGUUCCGCUUUGGGUACUACCUUGAGAGGAUUGAAUAUCAAAACCGGAACUUCUAAGAAUGUUGUAUUAGUUGAAAAGAAUCACUAUAACUUUGGAUAUAGCGUUAAUGGUAAGGAUGUUGAGACAGUAUUCGCCAAAGGCUCUAUUGUUGGAAAUGUCACUAGAGUUAACGUUGGACCAAUUGAAAAUCAAAAUGUUACCGUUGAAUUAUAUGAAGAUGGAUCAUUAUUUAAAUCUUAUACUUUUGAUAACGUACUUUCGAAAUAUACCAAGCAUAGUUGUAAAUCCAAACAAACCAAGGAGUUAUUCAUUUCAUUUGAAUUAAAUGAAAACAAGAUGUUUGAUCUUACUCGUGCCGAGAUUGAAUGUGUUUCACAUAAAUCCGAAUCAUUCUUUGAUAAGUUGUUACACAAGAAAGAACCUGAAAGUGAAGACGAACUGGAAGAUGAAUCAACUACAGCAAGCACAAUCAAAAACUUAAAUAAUACCAAUGGAACUAAUAAUACUGUUCCAGAACCACCUAAGAAGAAAUCUAAGACUAAGAAACCAAAGGUUACCUGGAUUAUGAAACCAGAAGCAACAUAUCCUAGAAUCAAACCAUUGUCCAGAACUGAUCAAAGGGAACUUUCAAAGAAACUUGAAUAUUUGAACAAACAAGAUGACUUGAAGGUUGAAUUGGAUGCCCUUAGAAACAGAUUGGAAUCAAGUUGUUAUGGCUUACGUUCUUUCAUUGACGAUAAUGAAGAUGUUUUACAAUCAGCAUUAUCUAAGCGUAAAAUAUCUACUUAUUCAGAUUACGUAAGUGAAGUAAUUGAAUGGUUGGAUUUCGAAAGUGAUGAUGCGUCAAUUGAAGAUAUUGAAGAAAAAUUACAAGAAAUAAAAACUAAAAAAGAUGAAUUGGAUAAAAUUAAGCAAAUGGCAGAAGCUGAUUUAAGUCAUGCUGCAAUGAAGAAAAUAUAUGAUGAAGGUUCGAAAAUGGUUAUGAAAAUCCAAUCGAAAAUGCUUGAUUUUGGUCAAUCAAUUAGUGAAAUUAGAGCCAAAUAUGACAAGGCAGGUUUCAAUUUUGAUAAAGAAAAUGAUAGAAUUAAAUUAAGAUUAAUGGAAAAUGAUGAUAAAUUAUUAUCAUUUGAUAGAACCUUAGAAGCAUAUAGAGAAAUUUUAACUGAGAUUGGACAAUUGGUUGAUAAUCCAGAUGAAUUUGAUAGGAUUCCAAGAGAGCAUGUGUUUGAUUGCCAUUAUAGAUUGGGUCAGAAGAUUGCUGAUAUGGUUAGGGAUUUGAUGGCUAUUGAAGGUAUGCAUGCUAAGAGGACUGAAUUGUUUGAGAGUCAAUUUGAAAGAUUAACCGAAAGAGAAAAACAAAGAGAAUUUAGAAAGAAGUUGAGAGAAGCGUCAAAAUCAAUGGAAGAAGAAGCUAAGAAGACAGAAGAAGCAGCAAAAGAAGAGGAAGAAGAACCAAAGAAGGGUGAACAAGAACCGGCACAAGAUGAAGCAAAAGGCUCCUCUAAACAGGCAUCAGAGGAAUCAACAUCAUCAGUAACUGAUUCUACUGAGUCAAAUGAUGCAAAUGCAUCUUCUUCAGCAACCUCUGAAAUUGCUCAUGACGAAUUAUAA